GGUCUUAUAUCCUUCCGCAACAUAACCUUCGUCGUCCGCUCUGCGGAGAGAUGAAGUGUUGCGCCGCUUCAAGUAGCCUAAAUAAAUAUGAAUUAUCAUCCGAUAAAGGCACAGAUUCUGGAGAUGGAUCUGUUAUAGAUGUGUUUUUACAAUUUAAAGUUCUAUAUCCUAAUAUAAUAGGCCUAGGUCGAG